AUGGUGCGCCUCAUCCCAUCCGUCCUUGCCAUGUUAGCCGUGGCAUUGGCGGUACAUGCCUGCGACUACUGCCAGUGCAAGUUCACGGACGGGUCCCACUGCUGCACGACCUCGACGUACGCCCACAGCUGCGAGGAAGUCUGCAAAAACGCCGCGCGGUACGACGACGACGUCAAGUGCAGCGCCGGCGGCCUCUCCGAGUGUAUUGGCUACUUUACUGCCAACGGGCGCGCUCAGUGCAACAGCCAAGCCUACGAUUUCGACCAGGAAGCUUCUUGGGUUGUGUCGAAUGGUGCCUUCGACGACCGGUGUCAGAUUGGUGGACACACCGUUGGGGACUGA